AUGGUCAAGUCGGCUCCGGGAAGGAGUUUCCUUGGCCAUGUGAAGUUUGGCUCGUUCCUUUUCGUUUCUUCCUGCAUAAAAGUGUUAGUUAAGCUCAAGGAAGAGUUUUCCAACCGGUUGGCGCGCCUAUGCCGUGAUUUGGUUUGUCGGCCAUAUUGCUUGCGCGCCAUCGGCCAGAAUGAGCUCCGUCGUCUAUCUCAUGACCGUGAUGAUUUCUCCGUCCUAUCUUUUGGAUUUGCCGACCAAAAUGUGAUUUUAUGGUCGCCUGUGAAGUUUGGUGGACUUCGGUCACGCCGUUUAGGAGUUGGCCGAGUUGGUCUCCUUGUGCGCGUCAUGGCCGAGAGAAAUGUCCGGAUUGAAUUUCUUCAAAUCCACUCGGGCCAAUUGAGAUUUUCUUCGACCGAAUUGUUUUUCACAUUAGCACCAGUAUCACAUAGGCAAUCAUGGAGUUGA